CUGUGGCCUGUGAGCUGUUCAGCUGUAUUCGUGUGUUGAAAACACAACCUCUAUUUUUGUCUUAUUUAAUUCAACUUUUAAAUAUUUUAUUUACCUUUGGCGAUUGAACCUCUUUAAGACAAAAGUGCUAACCGUGUUUUAAAUUAAUACUAACUAUACUUUAAAAUGUCAAAUAACAUCAUUAAAGUUGGUGAGUAUAUUGUUGUGCAAAAACAUAAUUACAAAAAGCUUUAUAAAUUUAAUAAAACCGAUUCACGAAUUAGUGUUGGAAAAGAUUCCGUUAGCUUAAGCGCUAUUGAAGGAUGCAACUAUUUUUCAAUAUUUAAAAUGGUAGCCAAAGGCAAAAAAAGAAGUAGGGAAUAUGAUUUAGAAUUGGUGGGAGAAACAGCAUGCCUUAAAGACGAGAUUGGCAUUAAAUCUUCUGGUUCUGAUAAUAGAAAUAUAUACGACGAUGGCAGAUCUCAAAAAUUAACAGCAGACGAAAUCUAUGACUUGAAAAGUGAUUCAUCUAAAGCUGCAGACAUUGUUGAAACACUGAUAACUAAUUCAAAUACUUUUCAUAAUAAGACAGAAUUCUCGCAGGAUAAGUAUUUGAAAAAAAAGGAAAAAAAAUAUUUUGAAUAUAUCCAAAUUUUAAAACCAAAUUUAAGAAUAAUAUCAGAAAUUUUAUAUAAACUAGAACCAACAAAAGUACAAGGAAUUCGCAUUGAUACAUUAUCUCAAAUUGUUACCAUGGCCAAUCUAUGUUGUGAAGGUAAUCACUUGCUUUAUGACUCAGGGUCAAAUGGACUACUUGCUGCUGCUUUGUUAAAUGCCAUAGGAGAUAGUAACACUGGAAGAUUAGUUCACAUGCACCCAGGCAAUAUGUCCCAAAAACAAGCUUUGUUAGCUAUGAAUUACAGUCCGGAGCAUUAUAACAAAUGUGUUUCUGUUAAUGUAUAUUCUGCACUGAGGCAAUAUUAUCAGGGCUGUGAUACAAAUUCAUCAGAGAAAAUUAUUGAAGUUGCAAAUAGUAAUAGUUUAAAAAGAAAAGGUGAAUCUUUACCUGAAGAUGGUGCAAAGGUUUCUAAAAUUUCUAAAACACAGAGCCUAGACAUAGAAAAAACAGAAAAUAGGUAUACACAAGAACCAAAAAAGCCUAAAUGGCAUUUUGACAACAUAGAAGCAUCAAACAUUAUAUCAAAUAAAAUGGACUCGCUUGUUAUAGCGUGCAAGGAGGAUCCUCAAAAUAUAUUUGUGGAAUUAUCAAAAUUUGUUAAACCUGGUAGACCAUUUGUUGUUUACUACCCUGUUGCAGAACCAUUACAAAACUUGUAUGUUACUCUUAAGUCUCAAAGUAAUGUAGCAGCUUUAAAGCUCACUUGCAGUUGGAUGAGAAACUAUCAGAUCUUGCCUGAAAGAACACACCCAGAAGUAUUAAUGAAUGGAUCAAGUGGAUUUUUAUUAACAGGGUAUAUACUAAAGUGAUAUUACGUUAUUUAUAUAAUUGAAAAUAAUAUAAAUUUGACCUCAAAAAUACCAUCUUUUAAUAACUGAUAUCAUGGUAGCUUUAUUUUAUAACCAAUAAGAGAUGUUAUUUGCAACACUGCAAAAUAGGGUCAUUAAAUAAAAUACUUAAAUUUUAAUAAAUAAUUUAUUUUAA